GAAUUCGCGGGGACCUUAUGUCAAGUGACGACUUGUCAAAAUGCUCCCUAUUCCCCCACCUGACCUACUUAAUGCACCUUGGUGUGUUGUGGUCUGAGGUGGGCGAAAUAGUUGGGCUGUCACAAAGUCUGUGUGUGUUGAAAAAUUUUCGACUACGGCUACGGCCCCUUGAUGGCUGGCCCUGCUGCGCUGCAAAGAAGCACCCACAGUGAAAAGCGGACGGCAACACAGCAGCAGCAGCAGCAGCAGCAGCCCUCCGGAAGGUGAACGCGGGUUUGUCCCACCGCGAACUCCCCAUUCACCAAUCCUCUCGCCAUCCCCACCCCGAAAGCGCACGGAACACCAGCAGCAGGUGCGGGCAUCCAGACGGCUAUCUCCCUGCGCUGUUCACCAGCAGCAGCAGCAGCAUCAUCAUCAUCAUCAUCACCAUCGCCGUCGGGUGUCGAGCGGCGGGUACGCGAGGCACGAGCGGACGGAAGGGAGACGCCGCGUUUCGCCCGUCCCUGCGCUGCUGCAGCGAUGGCCAGUGGAAGCGAGAGCUCGGACGAGUUCUACGAUGCACUGGAUGACAGCGUGCUGGCGAGAUCGUCGACCGAAGGGGGUGGCGCAGGGGGAGGAGAAGGGGCAGGAGGUGCCAGCAGAAGGCGUACCGAGCACCCGUCGACCGGGGCGGGUCACUCCGGUGCGACUGUAGCAGGCGGCCACCAUGCGUCGGCGGCACCGCACACUACGGACACGCUGACGCAGCGGCACCCGGCCGCCCAGCAGGACCGGAUCGAUGCGAUGGGCGAGAGCAGUGCCUUCGCCGUCGCCGCCACCAAGAGGAGUCACCCCAAACCGACCGGUGGGCCGUUGGGUGGCCCGUCCGCUACCUUCGCCGAACAGCCCUUCAAGGAACCGAAAUCGCUUCGUAGUCAGCGAUUUCACGAGCUGCGCCAAAGCAUGCAAAACGACGAAGACGAGAAUCCGGGCAAUAUACUGACACCUGACUCGCAGAACAGCUCCGUCGAGGGCAUGUACGUGUCGACGGGCCGUUCGAACUAUCCGUUUCGCGUGAUUGAGAGCGACGUCGCCAGCAUCCACAGCAUUUCCUCGCUCGGGAUAGUCGGCCGCAUCAUGGCCGGUGGCAGCAUCGAUACGUUCGCACACAGCGCCGGUUCGUCCAGCGUGAAGCAGGUGGCGGUACCGGGGAAACAGCAGCCACCGAGCAAAAAGGGUACCAGUGGAACCGGUGGCCAGAUACAGGCAGCGAAUUCUGACGUUAUCAGCAGCACAAAGAACGCGGUCCAGUCGAAAGCCACCGAUGCAACGUUCGCCGUCCCCGUCACCGCGCCCAGCACCGCCGGCGCCGCUGCGGUCGUGCACGAGCGCCCCGUGGCGCCGCCGCGCCGCAAGAAGAAGGCGCGCAAACUCUCCAGCAGCUCGUCCGAGCAGUUUAACAUGAACGAAGGCCUUACGCUACCACCGGCGGACAGCUCGUCGAGCGAGCUGCUGAUGGUGAAGAUACCGCCACCGGCGGCCAGCAGCCAGAGCGACAGUGGUCCCGGUCCGGGCCCCGUUGCCCUCGCCGCCGUCGCAACGGCCAAGCACGCGGGCGGCAGCAGCAGCACCGGCAGCAAUGGGGUGAGCAGCGCCAGCAGUGCGGACGUUACCACGACCGGCGGUGACAGUAACAGCGGCCAGACGCUGCCGUCGCCCGCCACGCUCGAGUCGAUUACGCGCGAAAUCGAAAACUCGUUCGAGGAGGCGGCAACCGCGGUGGCGAACGGUGCCGGCGUCCCGUCCGCCCUCACGAACGGGGGCAAUGGGGCGGGCACGGGCGGCAGCGGCAGUGGCGGAGGCGGCGGCGGCGGUUCGCUUACCCGCAUGACGCUCGGCGGCAGCCAGACCAAGUGCAGCCAUAUCAGCCCGACCGGCAGCCUGAAGAGCGUGUCCGGCCCGUCGUCCCACGUCAGCUGGACGGACAACGCGCAGGGGCUGAACAUCUACAAGGCGACCAAGGGCCAGUACGUGGUGAAGCCGACCGACGGUGCGUUCAACAAGGCGGAGGGGCCGUCGCGGGACGAGAUCGCGCGGGUCGAGCGGAUCCGGCGCGAGUUCUUCCGCAACGUGGGCAGCAGCGGCAUCGGGAUGGUGAGUGGUGGCGUCGGCAGCAUGGGCAUCGGCGGCGGCACGGGCAGUGUCGGCACGGGUGUGCCGGGGCUCGGGGUCGGCGGGAUGGGCAGCCAUCGGAAGAACUACUCCAUCACCGGCACGAACAGCCUCGAGGGCGGCAUGCGGCACGGGAGCCUCGCGGCCAAGCAGCUGCAGCUGCGCGAGCGCCGCAAGUCGGCCGGCGACGAGGAGCAGUUCAAGCAGAUGAACAUGUACGUGCGGACGCGCACCAACUCGGGCAAGCAGCUGACCGACAUGGAGAUACUCGAGCAGGUGCCGGUGAAAAACCUCGACACCGGGGAAAACUUCCCCCUCUCGGCGGUGGAGGAGAAGCUGCCCCAGUGCAUCAAUCCGCUCUCGCUGCACAUCAUGCGGCUGACCAGCCACAUCCCGGAGACGGACGAGGAGUCGGUCGGCCCGCAGCCCGACUCGGACUCGAUACAGCUGCCCGGCUACGAGGAGGAGCUCGAGUCGGAGGGGCUCGAGGGCGGCCGGCUGAAGCGGCGGACCGCCCGGCUGAAGCGGUUCUUCCGCACCACCGCGAAGAAGACGGUCAGCAAGGCGAAGUCGAUCGCGUCGGAGGUGUCGCACGCCCGGCACAAGGAGGACGUGGCGGACAUACAGGACGUGGGCAACCCGGAGCAGAACAUCAAGAUCAAGGCGUCCAGCACGAACAAGGGCCCGUACGACUUUGCCAAGCUGCAGCACGUGCAGGACCUGUCCGGCGAGCACACGGUCGCCGUCUGGUGCAUGAAGUUUAGCAGCUGCGGCCGGCUGCUGGCGACGGCCGGCCAGGACCGCGUCCUCUGCAUCUGGGUGCUGAAGGACGCGUACCCGUUCUUUCAAACGAUGCGCACCAAGUACAACGCGGACCAGAAAGCGUCCCCGACGCCGUCGGAGGAGGCGCUGAACGCGUCGAUGAUCGCGUCGCCGGCGGACGAAUCGCUCACCUCGGUGCAGUCGGACGAGUCGGUCUCGUCGCCCGGCCCGUUCAUGCCGCGCUCGUUCUGCACCUACACCGGCCACACGUCCGACCUGCUCGACGUGUCCUGGUCGAAGAACUACUUCAUCCUGUCGAGCUCGAUGGACAAAACGGUGCGGCUGUGGCACAUCUCGCGCCGCGAGUGUCUCUGCUGCUUUCAGCACAUCGACUUCGUGACGGCGAUCGCGUUCCAUCCGCGGGACGAUCGCUACUUCCUGAGCGGCAGCCUGGACGGCAAGCUGCGCCUGUGGAACAUCCCGGAGAAGAAGGUCGCGCUCUGGAACGAGGUGGACGGGCAGACGAAGCUAAUAACGGCGGCCAACUUCUGUGCGAACGGCAAGUUUGCGGUGGUGGGCACGUACGACGGGCGCUGCAUUUUCUACAACACGGACCAGCUGAAGUACCACACGCAGAUACACGUCCGCUCGACCCGCGGGCGGAAUGCGAUCGGCCGGAAGAUUAGCGGUAUCGAACCGAUGCCAGGCGAGGACAAAAUUCUGGUCACCUCCAACGACAGCCGCAUCCGGCUGUACGAUUUGCGGGACCUGAACCUGAGCUGCAAGUACAAGGGCUACCUGAACUCGUCCUCCCAGAUCAAGGCAUCGUUCAGCCACGACGGCAAGUACAUCAUAUCCGGCUCGGAGAACCAGUGCAUCUACAUCUGGAAGACGCAGCACGAGUACGCUAAGCUCAGCUCGGUUCGGCGCGAUCGAAGCGAUUUCUGGGAAGGCAUCAAGGCGCACAACGCGACCGUCACGUGUGCAAUCUUCGCACCGAAGCCGGAGGCAAUCAUCAUGCUCGAUCCGGACGAAACGGCGAGCAACAGCGAGAUCUCCCUUAACCAAUCGUUCGUGGAGCAGAGCAAAAAGGCGUGCCGGGGGUACGUGAUGGUGAGUGCCGACUUUAGCGGCUGCAUCAAGGUGUUCAUCAACAAAACGAAACCGAAGCACAGCAGCCUGCCGUACACGGCGAUAGCGGACUAAUGCGCCUGGUGACCCGUGCUGCGUGACGUCACGCUGGGGGAAGAAAUCGCAAGGGGACGGACAAUAGCUAAAACAAAAAAGGAACCUGUGGGCAGCUAGGAACCAGUAGAAGAAGAAAGAACAAAAUUGUGAUGUGUAAAGAAGACGAAGACGACGAGAAGCAGAGAGAAGGGAAAGGGAGAGGGUGCGAAAAGGGUAGCGACGACGAACUACUAACGCAGCGCGCAGUCUCCAUUACAGCCGUUGCGUGUAUCGUGACCAGCGGGACUACUCCUUCCUUUAUCUGUUAGUGACUUGCAAUGAAAGCACGGAACGGAACAACCUGUAACCGUGCCUCCCGUUAGCGGGGGCCGAGUUGUAGGGCAAGUCAAGCUGAGGACCGAUACCGAAGAUUGAACCGGAUGUGACGACGUUUGUGUAUGUCAUUGGCCUCAUCUGUCACCGGCGAGCGUUCGCGUUCAGCGGGUUGCCGUUUGAUACCAUCCCGCCGCCUUCGCCUUUCCCAACCCCGGGUUCAUUACCCGCUUAACUUUAUUUUAUAUCCACUUUUGUGCGUGUGCUCUUGCAAUAUACGCUACGUUUCACGCCAGCCGUCUUUCGAUGCAUGUUUUCAAAACCCUCGCGACGCGGGAGAAGCUUUAAAAGCGAAGCAGUUAAGUUAACUUAUUCUAAUCAUUGUUUGUGCGCGCGCGCGUGUGUGUGUGUGAGUGUGUGUAUAUUGCAACAACAAAAACAACAACAACAAAACAUGUUUAGCGCGUACAGUUUUGUGUGUGCUUUUGCUUUGUGGUCAAGCCAGCUUCCGCACCGCACAUUGUUACCAGCACACACAUACUAUUAGGGGCGGUCCCACAGUGUAGUCGCCAACUGGUACGACUUAAUCAUAUGCGCCUGUCAUGGAAUCAAGCCUCAUAUGCGUUAGCAAGGACUGACAUUGACUAUCCGGCUGCGCGUGGCACUGAGUAAGUUCUUUCGACAGCCUGUAUAGGCCGGCAUGUGCGCGAAGAAGAACAUUGUGUCGACCAGGGAAAGGGGGGGGGGGGGGAGAAGCUGCUUGCAGGAUAAUAACACCAAAUAUUUGAAGUAGGAUUAGUACGUUUAGAUUUUAGGUACGGCGCAGAGACGCAAACAGUAUGAUAGUGUAAAGUAAAAGUUACAAAAAAAAACAUAACGCAUCAGCAAAAUUGAGCGGACGAAAGGGAGUGCAGCAGUUGGGGAAAGCUUGAAGCGACGAGAAGAACAAGGGAGUAACAAAGGAAACCACUUUAAAUGCAUCCUUGGAUGUGGAUUACAUUGUUAUGUUGAUCGUAUCUUAUGAAAGCAAAGCCACAACACAAAUGAAGAACAACAUUCACACACACACACACCCACACAUGUAGUCGUAUGUUAGGUUUGGCACAAAGAAGGGCUAGAGGGAAAGCUACUCUAAGGCGCGGUCCAUACUACGAAAGCGCAAGAACCUUAUAACAAUCGCGUAACGUACAUUAGUUUGCUUUUUUAUUAUUAUUGUAUAUUGUUUAAACCAACGCCUUCCUCCCUUUCUCUCUCUUCUUUCUCUUUCUCUCUCUCUCUCUCACACACACACACUCCUUCUCGCUCCUUUCUCCCAUAGCCGAUCGUUGUACAUUAGGGUUGUGAACCGCUGCGGAGAAGUUAUUUGUUUAGGGUAUAGGUUUAUCUAUGUUUUGUUGUUUGUUGCGGUGAAAAAUCACCACCACCACCCACCCCCGCGUACAGUUGUGCUGCCGAGGGCAGGGAAGAAAAAAAAAGAAGGCGCGGGUGAUAAUUUAUGUUCCAAUUAGUGUUUACAACUAACAAAAUAACAACACACACACACACACAGAGAAACACGCGCCCACGUGUCCCAUUACUAGUCUCGUUUAUCGAUUGUGACGUUUAUUUCUUAUCAUUUUAUUUCACCUUUUCCCGGCCAUCUGCUCCCCAUUCAUUUCCACGCGAUAGACACACAACACACAGGCGCACAUGCACACACACACGCGUGCGUUGUUUCCUUUUUGUUAGAUGCCAGAAAGUUUGUAUAGAUUGAAAGUGCUUUUACGCCGGUAUUUGUGUAAAAAAAAAAAACACACACACACACACUAGUGUAUAGUGGCGAGGGUGAGGAGAUGCAGGAAUCGAAGCGCCGCCGGAAGAAAGGGAUAUAGAUUUUUACUUUUUGCGACAACCAAUGGUUGGCUAGGUCCUAGGACAAAGGGAUUGCAAAUUGGGGAGCUUCAGUUUCUGUUCUCCACGCCCCUCCCCCCCCCCCCCCCCAUCCCCUCCCCCUUCAACAGCUUCUUAGCUUCCUGCGAGGGGGAGGGAUGGUUUGUGUUAAAGGUGCAGCGCAGAUUAAAAAAGAAAACUAAAACGCGUAGAACAACGGAUGCGGAAGGAUUUGCAAACGGAGCAAAAGGGGAAAAAGGAAAUCACGGAGUUGUAAAUUAAUGGAAACGAAAACGCAUAAUUAAAUAUAAACUUUGUUGGUAUGAUA